CUAGAUCCGUACUUCCCUCUCAGCCUCAGACGCACAACAUAUAAGACUCCAGUCAAAGAAGCCAGCGCAAGGCAAGUCUACAAGAUGAUGAGCGCCAAGCCUCCGGUACCAGCGACAAGCGUCCUGGCCGUCGCCAGCCAUGUAGGAUAGAAUAUGCCCUCGUGAUUUCGUCCUAUCAUAGCUAACAGUUGCCGUCAAGGUUGUCUCAGGUAAUGUCGGUAACAAGAUCGCCGUCUUCGUCCUCCAGUCUAUGGGCUGCGACGUCUCGGCCUUGAACACGGUGCAAUUCAGCAACCAUACCGGCUACCGCCAAUGGAAAGGCACGCGCGUAUCCGCCGAAGAGAUCACGGACCUUUGGACGGGCCUGAGGCAGUCAUACCUCGACACCUUCGACAUGAUGCUGUCGGGGUACGUCCCCGGAGCCGCCGCCGUCGAAGCCGUGGGAACCAUUGCGAAAGAACUGCGGGCCAAGAACAACAAUUACAAGAAGGGAGGGGGUUUCUUCUGGGUGCUGGACCCCGUCAUGGGCGAUAAUGACAAGCUUUAUGUUGCGGAUGAUGUGGUGCCUGCGUAUAGGGGUUUAAUUCAGCAUGCGGAUCUGAUAUUGCCGAAUCAAUUUGAGGCUGAACUCCUCUCCGAAGUAAAAAUAACUGACGCUGCCUCCCUCCGCCACGCCAUCGAAGUCCUACACACCAAAUUCCACCUCCCGCACAUCGUAAUCACCUCGGUUUCGAUGCCGCUGGGCGAGUCGCAGUCGUCAUCAACAACCACAACGCGCACCAUGUCAGUAGUGGGCUCGACGCGCACCUCAACGGGUAAGCCGCGCCUCUUCAAGAUUCGGUUCCCCGUGUUCGACUGCUACUUCAGCGGCACGGGUGACAUGUUCGCGGCGCUCAUGGUUGUGCGCAUGCGCGAGGCCGUCGCCAACCUAGGGAAUGACGUAGGCGAAACGGCUAGUUGGGUCAGUGGCGACGAGGUUGAUGCGCUGGACUUGCCGCUUGCGAAGGCGGCGGAAAAGGUGUUGGCGAGUAUGCACGAGGUGUUGAGUAGGACCUGCGAGGGCAUGACGGAGGAGAUGGAGAGGACGACGGGGUUGGAGAAGAUGGGAACGGAGGAGGAGGAGGCGAAGAGGUUGCAUUUGCUUAGAAGUAAGGCGGCAGAGCUGAGGUUGGUGAGGAAUUUGGGGUGUUUAAGGAAUCCAAAGGUCGAGUAUUGGGCGGAGAGGAUGUGAGGAUAAACGUGAAGGCUUGCUGCGGGAAGGAACGGGAAUAUGUGCGAGAUAUCUGGUCUAGACGGUCGGGACUUGGAGAAGGCGUAUAUUGCUCGUGGAGACUGGAUUGGUCUGGGUUGUACAGAACGGCAUCUAGAGACGCAUUGAAUAGUCCGGCCGAGCAAUUGCCCCUCCAGCACUUUUACUACCUCUUGUUUGUCUAGUGUAAACAAGCACCCAUCUAUCCUGGGACUCCGUGCCAUGUGCCCUUUCCGAUGCCGUCCGUGACUGGUCAACUUCAAUCCUGAGCUGUCUCUCUGACCCCUUUCCCUUCUCUUUUGCCUGAAAUCCAUUUGGAUAUUUUGUCGCG